AUGCCCACGUAUAUCCCUUUGCACGAUCAACCACCUCAUUACUCCAGCUUACCUACGCCGUCGUAUCCUCGUGAUCCCUCAACACCGCGAUACGGUUCUCCAGACUUUGAUCCUUCUAUUCCUUUUCCUUCCGCUGGCUCAAAUAGCAUAAUGUCUUCUGAACCAGAAGGUGUCCAACAAUCUUCCUCUUCAUCUAGAAAUGGUGGGAGUUCAAACUACGUUCCAAGAGCUAGAGACGAAGAAGGAGGUUCUGGAUCAAGUCGAAAAAGAUCUCGUGCAGAUGAAGAUAAUGAUUAUCAUCCUGAACAAUCUCAAAUACAAGCUAGUUCGCAAAAUCAGCAUCAGCAUCAGCAUCAUCAGCAUCAUCAUCAUCAUUAUGUUGAAUCACGGAAUAUACCAUUGACAGGAUCAAUAUUUAAUAUAUCGCCUAGAAAUCCAUUUACAACUGUUGUAGGGGAUUUCAUUUUGGCCAAUGCUGCUGGACUCGAUAAUGUGGAAAUUGAAGUGAAACUUGGUACCUUAAUGUCUGUACCUGAUCAUCAAGGUAUGACCUCUUCACGUCGGAUUCGAAUGCCAACCCAAAGUGAAAUGAUCGUACCACCGGAUUACCCUCUUGGACCAUUCCACGCCACGAUGCAUCCACAACAGCAUCGAACACUCAACGGACUGUUGAAUGAAGCUGCCCAACAAUCAGUCACGUUAUCUCCUGAACGAGGAAGAGUACAUUUUUCCAGAUCUAAAUUGACGGAUUCUUUUCAUGGUGGAGGUGGUCGACAAGGGAAAGUUCGUGUGAGUAGGAAUAGGGAAACAGGGCAAGUUGUAGAAGUGGUUAGAAAAAGGAGAAUAGCAGAUUUGAACGUGUAUUGUCCCGGAGCAGCUUUUGAUUGGAGAAUCAGCGUAAACGUUGAAGAACCAUACGCGAUGCCAGAUACACCUCCGAGUUUGACGAGAGAUAAAGAUAGAGCAAGUUAUAGACAUCAAGUAUGUCAAGUUGAUUUAACGCAUGUCAUGUCUAAAGAAAACCCACAAGCGAAACCAGUCUCAUCGUUUGAACUGGAAAUAGAAGUUCUUGAUAUACCUACGUUGUUAGCAGAGGGAGCUGCUGGAUCUGAUAGGUUUGACGAGAUUUUACAAAAUGUUUUAGAUACAGCUAGGAUGUUGAUCAAGAACUGUGAUCCCGCUCCUCCACAAUAG